UUCGGUAGUUCUACAAUCCUAUAAUAGCAGAUUUUCCGUGAUAAUCCGUGUCUUUAAAAUGUUUUUUGCACAGACUUGAAUCAACUGUUGAUACAAAGGUUAUAAUUUUUGUAGCUCUUUCUCACUUUCUUUUUUUCAAUGCUGGAGCUUUUGGAAAAAGAUGAUUACCACGAUUAAAACAGCCUGGUACUUAACACAGUGGCAUAUUAGAAAAAACCUAAUAAUUCUGAUUGAGAAUCACCAUUAUGUAUGAAAUUGACAGUUGUCAGUCAAACCAUCGACGAUGCGCCAUCUGACGGGAUAAAUACGCAGUGUGGAUCCCCAUUUGCGUAUUCGAUGUAUCGAAUGAAAAACAUCGAUAUGUAUUCGAUGUUGAAGUAUUAACAAUACAUCGGUUCAAUACGAUGCAUCGAUACAAUACAUCGAGUGUUUUUAAAACAUCGAUGUAUAUCGUCCACCCCUAUCUCAUUCUCAUUCAUUCUUCAUUCACGCUCUGAGUUGCUUCAACAGCAUUUUGUUUUUGGUGUCGUGGUGUUUUUCAAUAACUACUAUUUUAUUGUAAAAUCAUUCCAAAAUAACAUAAAAUAUGAAAUCUAAGAAGCGGCAUCACACAUCCUCUGAAGAUUCUGAUGAAUCUGAUGUAAGUGGAAAUAGCAGUUCUUCAGGCAGUGAGAGUGACGAUUCCUCGGUGUCGGAACACCGCUACAACAAGAAGAAAAGGAAACGUGCUGAAUCUACCGAUUCGGAGAGCGAUUCUGAAGAUCAGAAACGUUCAAAGAAACGAAAGCAUAAGAAAAAGAAGAAGAAGCACAACAAGAAAAAGAGGCGUUCAGAUUCUGUCGAAGAAAGUGGAUCUGGCGCGGAAGAUGUUUCAUCAGUCAGUGAAGGUGAAAUUUCUUCAAAGAAGAAACGAAAACAUAAACGUAAACAUAAAAGACCACGCAGUUCUUCUGCUGGUGCACAAGAUGAAGAGCAAAUCCAGCGUCGUUUGCAUAGUGUGGUUAAAGAACGUCGUGGGUCCUCUGAAGAAGCAAAUCCUCCAAUACGUUCAUACUAUAACCAGAAAGAAUACCAAAGAUCAGUGUCUCCUGAAGAUUAUGAAAGGGAACGAGAAGUACAACGUUUUUACCGGGGAUCCAGCAAGGAAAGGAGGCAACAGUAUCAAGAGCAAUAUCAACAGUAUGACAGGGAACACAAUGAAAGAUAUUCACAGUAUCAUCAAGAAAAAAAUGAUAGAUAUAAAGAAAAAUUUGGCCAAAGCUCCCAAUAUCAUGAUCUUAAUGAAGAACAUAAUAGACGACUAAGAGAUUAUGACGAUAAAAGGAGUCAUAGAUAUGAAGACCAUAGGUCUCCUAAAGAAGAGUAUCAAAGGCGACCCAGAGAACAUGAGGAGCGUUAUCAUCCAAGAGAUGAUGCCAGAGGGGUAAACCGUUUCAAUCAGUUUGAAGAGCGAGGGGGCCCAAAAAGGCGGGAGUAUGAAGAUAGAAGAGACUAUCGUGAAAGGCGUGGUCCACCAGACAACGACCGCUUCCGUGAGAGGGACUACCCAGACAGGAAGGAGAGGUACCAUGAAGAUGGAUUUGCUCCUGAAAGACCACGUGAUAUUCGUCGUGAGAAGGCCAUGGGAAUAGCUGGCAGACCGGACAAACCUGCACCCGCGUCGCACAGGGAACGUUCCAGAUCAAGAAGUCAGGAAGACCGCUUUAAGGAUCGUGGUCGCCGAUCAGAGAGACCGGACGUGAGAGAAGAUAGGUUCAAAGAUGGGCGUGCUGACGAGAGAAGAGAUGGGCGCGGAGAUGAAAGGCGGGAUGGCAGAGGUGACGAUAGAAGAGACGGCCGGGGUGACGACAGAAGGGAUGGCCGUGGGGAAGAAAGAAGGGACGCGCGGAUGGAAGAACGGAGAGACCGAGGUGACGAUAGGAGGGAUCGACCUGGACGAAAUGAAGAUCGGAACGUCGACCGUGGCCGACCUCCGAUAAAAACAGAACCUAAAUCACGCGAUCGUAAAUCUAGAUUUGCGGAUGCGGAUGAUAACAAGGAAUAUGACUGGGGCAAAGCCGAGAUUAAGAAAGAGGAUGGCAAAAUUCCAGCAGAUAAAGAAAAACCUAAUUUUGGUUUGUCUGGUAAGCUGACAGCUGACGCGAAUACGGUCAAUGGCGUUGUGAUUAAGUACACCGAACCCGAUGAUGCUAAGCAGCCUAAGAGGAGAUGGAGAUUCUAUCCUUUCAAAGGAGAUAAAGCAUUACCUAUCCUGUACAUUCACCGUCAGUCAGCUUUUCUAAUUGGGCGGGACAAGAAAGUGGUGGAUAUUGCAUUGGAACAUCCUUCUAUUAGCAAGCAACACGCUGCGCUGCAGUAUCGAGCUACGCCAUUCACGAGACCGGACGGCACGCAAGGACGCAGGGUUAGACCUUACGUCAUAGAUUUAGAAUCUGCUAAUGGUACUUUUGUAAAUAAUAAGAAAAUCGAACCUCGUCGGUAUGUGGAGUUACUAGAGCGCGACGUUGUGAAGUUCGGAUUCUCUCAGAGGGAGUACGUGCUGCUACACGAGAAUAGUAAAGACGACGCACAGGACGACGACCACCACGACCCGCCUGCUAUCGGUGGCAAUGUCACCACCACCGAACAGUUGAAACAUGAGAAACGGAUGAAGCAAGAAAUUGCCGAAGACGGCGAAUAGAUAAGUCUAGUUAUUACUACAUAGAAGUUAUAUUUAGUUACGAAAAGUAUAUUUUAUUUUAUUAUUAGAUAAGCUGUCGUUUGCAGUUCUACGCAAAAUAUAUAUUUGUUUCGAGGAUUCUGACAUCUUUAUAUUAACUACCUCGAAUUAUAUACAAAAGUAAUGUAUUAUAACUUUAUAUUCUUUGAACCGUGUCACGCGUCUGUCUCCUUUUUCUACUAAAAAUAAAUACUACUAAGUUUUGCUAAACUAAAAAAAUCUAUAUUUUUACUAAGUGUGUGUAAAAUUUCUAGGCAUUUGCAUGCACGGGCAUAAUUAUUACGCUACAUAACUAUUACACGUUGAUCAAAAAUUUGUCAUUGAUUUCUACUGCUGUGAAAAGAAACAGGUUUCUGACGAUUGCGCGUCACCGUUCGACACGUAGUUUUUUAACGACAUAUUGAAGUAAGUAGUUGUUAUUGUGCUGAAUUUUGCGUUCCGUGUUUAUGACCUAAAGGUAACUAAACAGAGCGUAAUCGAAGCGAAAUGGCAAUAAUGCUGUGAGACUUAAUAGUUGAUAUUUGGCUUAUUUUUAAAUAAGUUUAUUCUUUAUAACAUUAUAGCAAAUAGUUGAGUGUGAAAACGGGUUUAUUUGGCAUUGUACGUACAUUUUGAUUUUCGAUAUACAUACUUAUGGUUUUUGAAUAAAAAUUAGUCGACUAAAAAGUACAUUGCAUUUUAGUGCAUUAAGCAUACCGAAACCUAAAAUAUACUAAUCAGAAUUUGCGUAGAAUUUAUCUAAAUCUAUUUCAAUUAUUUGAAAUCCACUUAUUUUUGUUAAAAUGUAAAAAAUACUUUAGGCUAAUAAAUUAAUCGUAACGUAUAUCAAAUAAAAUAUUAAAAUAAGCAUAUUUU